UUUGCAAAGGGUGCACAGGCGUUUUGAAGUCCACUUGGAUUAUAUGUCACGGAAUCGUUUCCAGCCCGUUUCUCCUGAGUGUGUCACUGAAUACAGGUUUCAUCCCUCCAGCCCGGUGGAACAGGCAGCUGCUCGUCUCCGAGUGUGUGCGAUUGUCUGUGUGAAGAGCUGUAUGCCGUGAUCAUGUCAGCGUAAACGUAGGGGUGUGCACAUACAGUACGCCGUGGUUGGAGAGCGCCUCGGUGGAGAUGCAGGGAGCUGGAUCCCCGGCGGCGCAGCUCCUGUUGCUGAGCUGCUUGUGCGGAGUAGCAGCCGGCUACCCAUUCAGAACCCCCCUGGACCUGGAUGUGACUCCCCGCGUUACUGUGCUGACCAGUGGUCUCCAUGGCUGCAGGCGUUUUCAGUCCUCUGCAGUCAACUACAGCACGUUGUUGCUGGAGACGGAGCGUGAGCGUCUCUACGUCGGGGCCCGGGGCGCCGCAUUCGCUCUCAAUGCCUCUGACAUCUCAGCCAGCCCUGCUCUCGCUAUUGAGUGGGAGGCUUCCCCCGAGCAGAAGCGCCAGUGCCUGCUCAAGGGGAAAGACAAUAAGACAGAGUGCUUUAAUCACAUCCGUCUCCUCCAGAGGUUUAACUCGACUCAUCUCUACAUGUGUGGGACUCAUGCCUUCAGACCCCUCUGUGCUUACAUAGAUGAGGAGAGGUUUGUUAUUUCAUCUCAGCCUGAGGAAGGCAGAGACAAAUGUCCGUAUGGGCCAACAACAGGUUACACUGGUCUGCUUGUAGACCAGCAGCUGUACACGGCUUCCCAGUACGAGUUUAGAAGCUUUCCAGAUAUCCGUCGUAAUUCUCCCUCUCCCACUCUGAAGACAGAAGAUGCUCCCACACGCUGGUUGAACGAGGCAGAAUUCGUAGGCUCAGCACUUGUGAAGGAGAGUUUAGACAGCAGCGCGGGCGAUGAUGACAAGAUAUACUUCUUCUUCACUGAGAGGAGCCACGAGCAGACUACGGCGUACAGCCGCAGCAGGGUGGCACGAGUGGCUCGGGUUUGUAAGGGAGACCGGGGAGGCCAUUUAACUCUCCAAAAGCGGUGGACAUCCUUCCUCAAGUCUAGGUUGACUUGUUCCCUGCCUGAAUAUGACUUUCACUUCAACGUGCUGCGCAGCGUGUUCGUAGUGCAUGGCCCCGCCCCUCAGGACACCAUCUUCUACGGCGUCUUCGGUCUGGAAUGGAAAAACGUGAAGGCAUCUGCAGUGUGUCGCUUCUCUCUGCCUGAAGUCCAAGACGCUUUUCGAGGACCCUACAUGGAAGACGAGGACUCCGGCUCCAAGUGGAGGGAAUACACCGGGAAGAUCCCUGACCCACGGCCUGGAACUUGUAUAACUGAUGCUCUGAGAGCCAGGGGCAUAAACAUCUCCACCUCCCUGCCCGAUGACGUGUUGGAUUUUGUCAGGCGGCAUCCUCUCAUGUCCCAGCAGGUCCAGCCUUUAGACAGACGCCCCGUUUUGUUCAGGAGGACCACAGACUACACACAUAUGGCAGCACAUAUGGUGCAGGGACUAGAUGGACAAACAUACCAUGUAUUAUACAUGGGCACAGAUGAAGGCUGGUUACACAAAGCUGUAGAGGUCAAAGGUCAGCUGCACAUCAUUGAAGAGCUUCAACUGUUUGAGGAACCGCAGCCAAUCAACAAUCUUCUGAUGUCCACGGAGCAGAUGAGCUUGUAUGUGAGCUCUCCAUCGGCCGUGGUUCAGCUGCCGCUGUCUAAUUGCCACAGAUACACGUCUUGCUAUGACUGUGUCUUUGCCAGGGACCCUCACUGUGCCUGGAGUGGUGCUGAGUGUGUGGAGGUGAUGACGCAGGCAGACAGAUCCGCUUUAAUCCAAGACAUCCAGCAUGGCAGCACAGGCUGUGAGCACACACAAUACAAUGUGGUCCAGCGGAGCCGCUCCGUACGGGUGGGCGAUGACGUGCUGCUUCAGUGUGAGCUCAGCUCCAACCUGGCCACCCCCCUCUGGACUCUGGACAGCGGCGAGGUCGAGGGCUACGACCUCAACUCCGGCUUCAGGACAGGCACAGACGGCCUGCUGAUCAUCGAAGCCCGCCAGGACCAGAGCGGUCUGUACGUCUGCCACGCCGUGGAAAACGACAUCAGGGUUGCCAUCGUAACCUACAAUGUAACCAUCAGCCUGGACCUGCCGCCUCCCCCACCUGUCGAGCCGACCAGCGGUCCGUUCCUGACCCUGUCGACACCAUCGCCGCGUCUCUCGCUUGAUGAGACCUUGCCACCUCCUCCGGCUCCUCUCCUCCCGCACUCAGAGCUGUUGUCUCCCAGAAACAUGGAGGCCAUGUACCUGUCCCUCAUCACCAUCCUCACUGGCAUCUGUGUGGUCCUCACCGUGGUCCUCGUCUAUGUGGGCUUCUGCUUGCGAGUGGGACGCAGAGGGAAGUAUUCGUUGCGUGCCGCAGCUGCAGCGUACCCAGGCGCCAAGAGGAACAACAGGAACAGAAAGCAGCGCAGACACUCGUCCCACAUGGAACUAAACACCAUCUGUAAUGGGAACGGCAUAUGUAACGGAGGUUCAAAGCUGCAUAACGGCAGCAUCCAAAAUGGAGGGUUACUAGAGAUUGUCCCAGGUGAAGGACAUACCUCAUCCUUUAAAGAGUCUCCUCCCCCGGCCCCGCCUCUCCCCCCCAUCCCGGAGCAUUCUUCACCGAGGUGCGACUUCACCAGCGGGCUGUCGGCCACACUGCCCAGCGUCCUGAGGAGGAUGAACGGGAACAGCUACGUGCUGCUGAGGCAGAGUGAAACUGAAAUCACAUCGCCAAAUGGCCACUCAUUCUCAGAAGAGCUAAACAGGAUCUUAGAGAAGAGGAAACACACUCAGCUGCUGCCCAGGCCAGACGAGAGCUCCGUGUAGAGACGUGAACCUCUCACGCAGAGGAUGUGCUCUUAUCUGGUGCCUGUCACGUGACUCAUUGUUGUGGACUAAAGCAAUGACAGAGCCUUAUUGACAAUUUCUUCUUUGGAUUCUUUUUUAAAAUAAUUCCACGUUUCAACAUUUUUUGGACUGUUGAGCUGUUUGGCAACCUCAAUUCCCAAAUUUCCCAGCACAAAAUAAAUGUAAAAAUGAAAAAUCCCAAUGAAGGGUGUGAAAAAAGACAAAAAAGUGCAAUCUACCUCACCUCAAUACUACCCAGAGACUUCCGCAGUCGGGCUGCAGUCUGGACGGAGAAUCUGGGCCAAGAUCUCUGAUCCGCAAAGUGGGAUACACAAACUCUACUAAGGACUAAGGAAUGGAGCCGCAAGGGGAUCUAAGUACAUGUAGAAAGAUGGUUCAAACUAGAGGGCAGCUAGCCAAACUCUGUUUGCAUGAACAAGUCCACAGAUGGCCUAUGCAUUCUUAAAGCAUUACAUUCACUCAAUAUAAAUAUUGAUAGAAAUGGACAAAGUUGCCAAGAGAAAGUGUUUUUUCCUUGUAACAGACUCACAGAUGACAAAUAGAAAUAUUGAAUCAUGAAAGAGCAGUCAGAUGUAACUGGAUAGCCCUGUGUUGUGUGUUCUGGCUAAGUUGCUGUUGUAGCCGUCCCUGAUGUCACGCAGCUGUUUCUCAAGUGAGCGUCUCGUCCCGUAGAUGGACUUCACUUCCAGCAUCUUGAACAGCGGCCAAUAGGACAGUUGUCCUUUCCUCGCAGCGUAGUUCUCUGUGCUGCUGCUGCAGGUUCUAGCCGGAGUGUUUCAGCGACAACGAUGGAGAUCGACGUCACCAGCUGCUGUCCAAGAUGGCAAAGGUUUGGGCGACAGACACAGCUGCGGCGCAGCAGCUGGCGGAUUCGGAGGAUGCCAAUCGCAGCAACUUGGGCAGCCUGCAUACAAGAAAACACUACAUAGGAUGGGGCUGGCGGGUUAAAAUAUAUAAAACAACCUGUAACUCGUGAUGACACGUAACACUUUACUUUACGUAACACUCAUCAGUAAGAAAUGGUGAACUAAUCAUUUUAUUAUUAAUGCUAAUUAACCACAUUUGGUUAAUUUUAUUAUUAACAAUGAACUUUAUUGCCUUAUUUUAAGGACAAUAUCAUUUAUAUCAUCUGUUUGUAGUGUCAAAAGUGGUAAGAAAUGAAGUACUAUGUUUGUUGUAUGCAGGUAAAGCUACUUGCAAGCACAUGAAAGUGUAAAUCAUGAGGGAGGUUCUCAAUUUAUGUUAAAGCCAUAUGUUGGCUAGAUUUAAAAUGCUAAAGCUCAGCUAAGUUUUACGAAAGGAUAACUGGACAUUUGUGAAAAAUAGGACACACAGCAUGUGUUAAAUUUAUAUGAUCUUAAAAGAAUGUAUGGGAAUAAAUGUUGUAACCUCUCAUACAUAAUUCAAAGGAAGCAUUAAAUAGUGAUUAUUUCACCAAGUACUGAUGGAGAGGAUAUGAGACAGUAUUAUUUGUUUUUAAUGGGGUUUUAAUACCCGUUUUAAAGUGCUUUGAGGAAAUGAAUGGACAUUUUAGCCAGAAUAAGUUUUUACCCAUUUGUCAGUGUAAAACCUUAUGGGCCACCUCGCUGUCUCCUGGAUGCUGUUUGAGACGACGAAUGAGAAGAUAAACCUCUGACUGUGUCUCAGCUGAGCCUGAACCGACCUCUGAGAGACGACCUGCAGUCGACCAGGGCACAAAACGACUGACUCGCCGCACCACGAGCAUCCCAGGUUAAUAGUUCUUACAUCUACGCACCACAUCUCGUACACAAGCGCUUUGCCAAACGAGCACUCAGAAGCACGGAUCGGUGCCUGCUGCAAACACUGACAACGCAACGUUUCUUGCAGUCUGCUGAACUUGAAUCCACUUGUAUGCAAGCAGCUUGUUGAUGUGACAGCUGUUUAUAAUUAGCGUAAAAGGUUAAGUUCGGCGAUUCCCCGAUGAAAACAUAUGCCGCGUUUACAUUCACACCAACAUCUUGUCACUAUAGACAAAUAAUAAUUCACGAGCUGCUAAAUGAUAGAAAAGCUAAAACAUAAUGGAAAGAAAUGUAACUUGUUGACUCACGGAUCUACUCAUGAAUGAAAAGAUUUAUUUUACAGGGUCAUUAUCUCAUUCAGCCUCAUGAGUUUUAUUUAUUUACUCUUUAAUUAGUCUGCUCUGGCUGCAUCUUUUCCCGUCAGAGUACAGCAUUAAUUAAACACUUGUCUUAUGACAAGACGGGCCUGAGAUUCCCCCCAGACAUUUACACAGAGUUCCACUCCCGUGCUUCCAAUUAUUUCUUUCUCACCCUUGAGCUUAGACUUUUUAAAAUUAUUAUUUUAUUGUACGUCACCACACGGCUUCCAUAUGCACUAAAUAUGCAUACAACAAUUAGAGUUUUCCAUGUUGAGGCACAUUGAAUUACUCCUGUGAUGUCUUCUGUGAUUCAUAAAACCCUUGAAGAGCCAGGCCUCCUGUUCAGGGGCACUGAUCAAAAACAUAAAAGGAGAAGGGUAAAACUCAACACUUCAAACAUUAAGAGCUUUCAUUAAAAUGCUUUGACCUCCGUCCAGAACACGCAGGACAAUGUAAACACAGUGAUAUGAGUUUUGUUUCAUUUUAGAGUGCUUGUUUGGAGAACUGCUGGCUGUGUUUGGGCUCAGCUCAGUAUGCAUAUUGGCAGGAUCGCUGCCAAAUCUAGCGCAGAGCUGAGAGUGCUUUCAAAACCUGCACUGGAGACACAUUCCUGACACCUGGAUCUUUUUCCCUCCCUUUCAAUUGCAGUUUGAGCGUCUCAUAAUUUCCUUUCUGGGGGAGACCGUCUGCAAACCUGUGUCAGAGGGCAAGGCCGACUGGAGAAACAGUCUCCUAAUGAGCAGUGGAACAACGUUCACCAUCCUCAGUGGACAGCCAGGUCAGAGGGAAGGCUGGAAAAAGGGCUUCAGCAUGAGAACGUUGACACCGUCAGCUGAAAAUGGUUGGCUGCAGCGUCUCACCGAGCUACACUCACCCGUCACUUUAUUAGCUACACCAGUGAGUGUUUGUUUGCACAGACUGAAGUUCUUUGUGAUAAGAGAUCAUCCCUGCCUCUGUUUGAUCAAAACUUCCAGUAGUCCAAACUUAAAAUUACCCUUUUUUUUCCCCCACUUGCUGCAUGAAUUAUGAUCAAACCCAAGGACAGCUUAUGUUAAGAUUAAAGACAACUGCCAAGGGUAAUGGUUAAUUAUGCUUUUGCAGGCCUAUUUAUUGCAAAACCAGAUGGAGAUGGUUAAAAAAAGAGGCAUAUUUAUUUUGUAAUUUUGUGCAUUGUCAAUGUUGUUGAAGUGUUGUUAAAGUGCCAUUUGUGAGACACAGGUGUUUUUUUAAUGUAUUGCACAAAAUGUGAUAAAUAUAAGCACAGUAACCAAAAGCAUGCAGAACAGAACUACAGAAAUUAAUAUUUAUAACUUACUAAAAAUACUCAAAAUCUUAUGUAAGAUUCACUUUAUUCUUACUAUCUUCGUUAGGGAUUUUUUCUUUUUUUUCCACUAUAAAGUCUAAUUGAUAUAUCUGUUUGCAUGUUACACAGUUUGUGCACAUAGAAAAAUAUUUUCCUAAACUAAUGCAAAAAAUAAUAAAGGGUUCCUUUGCAUUUCAGUUGAAUUUCAAUAAA